GAGGUGUUGUGGAUAAAGAUCUCAGACAGUACCUCAACCUGCGUUUCCAGAAGGGCUCUUUGGACCACGAGCUGCAGCAAAUCAUUCGGGACAACCUCUAUCUGCGAACAGUACCUUGUACAACCAGGCAGCCCAGAGAAGGAGAAGUUCCUGGAGUAGACUAUAAUUUUGUGACCGUUGAGCGUUUUGUGGAGUUAGAGAGAAGUGGAGCUUUGCUGGAAAGUGGAACUUAUGAAGAUAACUAUUACGGCACACCAAAGCCCCCGGCGGAGCCCAGUCCACUGCUGCUGAAUGUAGCAGAGCAGCUGCUGCCCGGAGCAACACCCACAUCACAGGGCAAACGCAGGCGCAACAAGUCCGUCAGCAACAUGGAGAAGGCUGGCAUUGAGCCUCCCGAGGAGGAGGAGGAGGAGAGACCCGUCAUUAACGGCAAUGGAGUCGCCAUCACACCAGAGUCAAGUGAACAUGAAGACAAGAGUACAGACGCCUCAGGAGAGAUGGCUACCACAUGCCCCUCCGAGACCUCCACAGAUGUCCCUAAAGAAGAUACAGAACCACCAAAAUCGCCACCCAAACCAGAUGAAAACGAUGAACUGGGUCCUCUGCCAGAUAACUGGGAGAUGGCAUACACUGAGAAAGGAGAAGUGUACUUUAUAGACCACAAUACGAAGACAACAUCCUGGUUGGACCCCCGGCUCGCAAAGAAAGCAAAGCCCCCCGAAGAAUGCAAGGAAAAUGAGCUUCCUUAUGGCUGGGAGAAAAUUGAUGACCCUAUUUAUGGAACCUACUAUGUUGAUCACAUAAACCGCAGGACUCAGUUCGAGAACCCAGUUUUAGAGGCCAAGAGAAGAUUGCAACACCAGCAGCAGAUGCAGAGUCAGGGCUUGUCCUCUCUCCCCCUACCUGCAGUUUACAGAGAGAAGCCUCUGUUCACGAGGGACCCCACGCAACUGAAAGGCAGCUUUCUGUCUACACCUCUGCAGAAAAGCAACAUGGGAUUUGGCUUCACUAUCAUUGGCGGUGAUGAACCAGAUGAGUUUCUACAGGUCAAAAGUGUCAUACCGGACGGGCCUGCAGCACAGGAUGGCAAAAUGGCUACAGGAGAUGUGAUCGUCUAUAUCAACGACGUCUGCGUCCUGGGCACCACCCAUGCUGAUGUUGUAAAGCUAUUCCAAUCAGUGCCAAUUGGACAAAGCGUAACCCUUGUCCUUUGCAGGGGUUACCCUCUUCCUUAUGACCCAGAGGAUGCAGCAAACACCUUACUAUCCCCCCUCGGCCUCAUUGAUCGCCCUCUGCUGGUCAACGGACGGAAUAGCUACGACAGCUACAUGGAGUACAUCUCCCGCACCGCCCGUUUCGUCGACCCCCUUCAAACAACGAUGGUGCAGCCUCACCCUGGAGACACCCACCUGGACGCCGGGCCACUGGAGGACAGCGUCUCGAUGGCGUCGUCUGGAGCGGCUGGAGGAGAGCUGCUAACGAUUAACAUGGUGAAGGGGGCAGAUGGGUUUGGAUUCACCAUAGCAGACAGUAAUGGAGGGCAAAGAGUGAAGCAGAUUCUGGAGGCUCAAGGAUGCCCGGGGCUGUGUGAGGGAGAUCUGAUUGUGGAAAUUAACCAGCAACCUGCGCUAACACUGUCACACACGCAAGUGGUGGAGCUGCUAAAAGAGUGUCCGAUUGGGACGGAGGCCACAUUGGUCAUACAAAGAGGAGGCACAGGUCACUUUUCCCCUUGGAAGACCACUAAACAGGUUUUGGAGCAUUGGGAUCCUCUCAGCAGUCCCACAACUAGUCUAUCUGUCCAUGCUCUUCCUCACAGCGCUCCAUAUCUGCACUGGCCUUCAGGUCCAGAAUUUGACCUGGCCAAACCUGACCCUUAUGACCUGUAUGAGAAGUCCAGGGCUAUCUAUGAGAAUAGGCAGCCAGGCCUUCCUCGAGCGUCCCUCCCUGCUGACCCCUCCGCAGAGUUCCAGGAGGUGGAGGUGCACCUACGCAGACAGAAGUCCGGUUUUGGCUUCAGGAUCCUGGGCGGAGAGGAACCAGGACAGCCUGUGAGUCCGAAGGCUCAGGAGAAGAUCCUGAUUGGGGCGAUCAUUGAGAAGAGUCCUGCUGAUAAAGACGGUCGUCUGCGGCCUGGAGAUGAGCUGAUUUCAGUCGAUGGGAUCGUGGUGGCUGGAAAACCUCACCGUUACGUCAUUGACCUCAUGCAUGGGGCAGCCCGAACGGGACAGGUCAAGCUCACUGUACGACGAAGAGUUCAGCCCACAGGCGAACCUUUUCCAGAGAACGGCCGCAGUCCUGGAUCAACACAACACAGUUCCCCGAGAAGUGACUUCAACUCCCGAAUGUUCUGUAACAACUCUGCCCCCUCUCAAAACUCCGCCCCAUCCACCACAGGCUCCUCCCCUCCAGACACAGCAGCCAAUCAGAAUGCACAGCCUAAUGACGUAUCCAUCCAGCGCAAGGAGACCGAAGGAUUCGGAUUUGUCAUUAUCAGUUCACUAAACAGGCCCGAAACUGCAGCCGCUGCUGCUGUGCCUCAUAAGAUCGGCCGCAUCAUUGAGGGAAGUCCAGCAGACCACUGUGGGAAGCUUAAGGUUGGAGAUCGUAUUCUGGCCGUCAACAAUCAAUCAAUCGUCAACAUGCCGCAUGCCGACAUCGUCAAACUGAUCAAGGACGCCGGACUAAGUGUCACACUCAGGAUCAUCCCUCAGGAGGAGACUAACAGCACUCCUUCUGCAGGCAGCUCAGAGAAGCAAAGUCCUAUGGCCCAGCCAAGUCCAGUGUGUCAACCUAACACUGUGAACCAGACCGGUGCAGCCCCUCUAGCAAACUCCAAUGCUCAACAAAACUCUGCUCCUCAACCCAGUCCCAUAAAGCAACCCAUUUCAGAAGCACAGCCGAGCCUUGUCACUCAAAACAGCCCAGCCAAUCAUCCCAGCUCAGUGACCCAACAGAACCCGCAAACUCAGCCAGUACAAACUUACAGCCACGACAGCAGCUACAGGUCAGAGGUGAAAGCCAGGCAGGAUGUAAAACCCGACAUUCGGCAGCCAUUUACUGAUUACCGUCAACCUCCGGUGGACUACAGACACCCUCCUGUAGCAGAUUAUAGACAGCCCCCAACGCUGGAUUACAGACACCCACCACUGCUGGACUACAGACCGCUACCUGCUGACCCUCGCACCUUUCCCUUACCAGACUACAGGAUGCCACAGGAUUUUGAUUUCUUCACGGUUGAGUUGGAAAAGGGGAUGAAAGGUUUUGGCUUUAGUAUUCGUGGAGGUCGUGAGUAUAAGAUGGACCUGUUUGUUCUGAGAUUGGCUGAAGACGGACCAGCCAUACGCAAUGGGAGGAUGAGGGUUGGUGAUCAAAUCAUUGAGAUAAAUGGGGAGAGCACGAGGGAUAUGACCCACGCUCGGGCUAUUGAGCUCAUCAAAUCGGGUGGCCGUAGAGUUCGCCUGUUGCUCAAGAGAGGCACAGGGCAGGUCCCUGAGUAUG